ACGUACUUGCGAAGAAGCAGCGUUACUUUCGUAAACAAAUAAUAGUUAAAAGACUGAGGAGUCAAUGCCUGUUUGGGCAAUCCAAAGACACACUGUAGAGAGAGAAAGUAGACAGCAGAGGAAGAGAUGGGAAAAUCCUCCAUGGAUUCAAGAUCCAGAGGAGGCGUGGAGUAAGGGACAUUUCAUGGUUUACCGAUUCGAAUUGUCUCUGGAAUUUUUCAAAUUGAAAUGGGGUUUAAAGUUUUGUCCCUUAUCGUCAACUCAUCAAUGGAGAAAGGAGAGAAAACGGUUUAAUUAUCAGGGUUUUUAGGGAGAGUUUAUAUGAGUUUUUUUUGGAGGAUAAGAGAUGAGGAAUUGGGUUUUUGGUUUCGGUUUGUUUUGAAUGUGGGCUCACUUCUGAUCAGGGUGGGAUUGUGGGGAAUGUUCUGUGUAUUCUGAUAAUUGAAAGUCUCAAAAUUCGCUAGGGUUUUAGUUUUUGGUUCUGGGGUUUGUUUACAAUACUGGGUUUGCCUCUGAUCGGACUGAUUUUACUUCAAUUUCUAGGGCUGAUGAAAUGGGGGAAAAAGCUGUAGCCUUGCAUACAGCUUUGAAUUCUGUACAGGCUCUGGGCAGGGGCUUUGAUGUGAACUUCGAUACCAGGUUGCUCUAUUGUAAAGGGGGGGCAGGGUCUAGGGUGGUUGAGGUCGAUGAAGAACACACUAAGGAUUUGUGCUUGUAUGAUAAUUUACUUGUACCCAAUGUUUCUAGGGACAUCAAGAACUCCCAAGAGACCAAAGGCCGCGAGAUUUCCGGUGUUUUAAGUUUUCCCGAGAUGGUGGAAUACUUUAAUAAAAAGGCUAAUUUAUCAGGAAAUGUUCCUCUUGGUAGCUUCAAUGCCGCGUUUAGUUUUACUGGCUUAAAGCAUAUGGAUUCUGCAACCACAAAGAGCCUCUAUAUGGAUGCAUUUUUCAUUUCCCUUGCCAAGGUUCAGCUUGUAAACUCCCCACUAGUGUUGCAAGAAAAUGUCAAACGGGCAGUGCCAAGUUGUUGGGACCCUCCAUCUUUGGCAAGCUUCAUUGAAAAUUUUGGUACCCAUGUUAUUACAUCUGUGACUAUUGGUGGUAAAGAUGUUAUUUAUGUUAAACAGCAUCAGUCAUCUCCUUUAUCAACCAUGGAGAUAAAAAAUUACGUUCAGGAUAUUGGAAACCAAAGGUUUUCUGACACAGAAAGCAAUGCAAGUUCAGGUCCAAUGAAAUUAAAGGAUAAGGGUGUUGAUCCUUGCUUAUUCAACAGCCAAGGGAUAUACCCUCAACCCACUAGUGCACCAAUUCUCACUGGGAAAGAAGAUGUUACAGUCAUUUUCAGAAGGAGGGGAGGAGAUGAUCUAGAACAAAGCCACACCCAGUGGGCAACAUCUGUUCGGUCCUCUCCAGAUGUCAUUGAGAUGACUUUCUUCCCUAUCACAGCUCUUCUUGAAGGAGUAACUGGAAAGGAGCAUCUAGCUCAUGCGAUUGGUCUCUAUCUUGAAUACAAGCCUCAACUUGAAGAGUUAAGAUAUUUCCUAGAAUUUCAAAUCCCUCGGAUAUGGGCCCCCAUACAGGACAAGCUUCCUGGGCACCAAAGAAAGGAGCCUGUUUGCCCAUCUUUGCAGUUCAGUAUGAUGGGCCAAAAGCUCUAUGUCAGUCAAGAGCAGGUCUCUGUAGGACGUAAGCCUGUAACAGGCUUGCGGUUAUGCCUAGAAGGAUCCAAGCAGAAUCGCCUAAGUAUUCAUAUUCAACAUUUAGCAUCUCUUCCAAAGAUCCUCCAACCAUACUGGGACACCCAUGUGGCUAUUGGUGCACCCAAGUGGCAGGGACCUGAGGAGCAAGAUAGCAGAUGGUUUGAGCCUGUUAAAUGGAAGAAUUUUUCUCAUGUGAGCACCGCACCAAUUGAGAACCCUGAGACCUUCGUUGGUGACAUCUCUGCCAUUUUCAUAGUCACUGGAGCUCAGCUUGGGGUAUGGGAUUUCGGUUCAAGAAAUGUCCUGUACUUGAAGCUGUUGUAUUCUAGGCUACCAGGCUGCACAAUUCGAAGAUCAUUGUGGGACCAUGCCCCUAACGACAAGUUAAAGAAAGGGAUCACUACCAGCAGUAUUGUCAAUAAUGGUGACUCAAGUUCGGGUUCUAGAGAAAAUACUGGUAACAAGUUGGCAAAGUUUGUUGAUAUGUCUGAGAUGACCAAGGGGCCACAAGAUCCUCCAGGUCAUUGGUUGGUCACAGGUGGAAAGCUUGGGGUGGAGAAAGGGAAAAUUGUACUGAGAGUGAAGUAUUCAUUGCUAAAUUACUGAGUUUACUAGUAGAUCUUAUCUCAUGAUGUGCAGCAUCAGCUGUUGGGUAGAGGCUUCCGCCCCCCCUUGUUUUUUUUGUGUACAUCAUUGGCAUAAAGUAUGGCAGUCUUGAUGGACAAAGGUGUGGCAUAAUGCACUGAAACCAACAGGUUGAGGAAGUGUUUUGGAGUUUUGUGGAGUUUCUUCCUUCUUGGUGGUAAAUUCUGUUUUCUUGGGAAUUUUGUGAAGAUGGUAGAAGAUGUAUAUCUUUUUUUUUUCCCAUAUGGGAUUUAUAAUGUGUCCCUGGAACAUAUGUUUAUAUUUUUAACAGGGAAAAGGAACUUCAUUUUUGGUAGCUGACA